UGCUACGAAAUGGAACGAUACCUGAAGGAUGAGCCAAAACUGCAGACUUACAAAAAGCUACCAGCAGAUUUGGACACACCAUGGGACCUGUUCGCUGCGCCCGGGCCGAUAGCGGGCUGGAAAGUAGAAGUAGAUUCCUACUGUAUAGAAGAGCUAAACCUAAAUGAUAGAAAUUCAGACUCACACUCGAGCUCGUCAUCCUCCUCCUCCUCAUCUUCGUCACCCUGUUCCGGAUCGUGGGACAGCAGCUCAACGCUGAGCUGUGCAGUGGUGGUGAAAAAAGAGCGCCUCGAUCCAGACGACGACGAUGGUAACAAUUCCGACAGUUACGACGAGCAGAGUGAAAAGUUUGGUAAAAUCUCCGUGCACCACCAUCAUCACCACCAUCCACAGAAUGCGAUCGAGCUAAGGCUAGUGGCACGAGCAACGACCUCCGACCUGUUACCAACGUUAACACCUCCCUCCUCACCGGAAUCACAUCUUAGUAUAGGCAGUAAGGGCAGUACCACGUUAGCAGCGACUGUUAAAACCGAACCAGAGAUUGCACUGCUAGAUCAUCAGGGUAUUCUGAGGGUAUCGACAGGAACGCACAUACCACGGAAUGCGAUCGUCCGAUUGACGACGUCCAGUAGUAAAGGUGGUGUUGGGUUAACGCGAGUGAUACAGGUCAGUCCUCAGUUGCAAGCUGCCAUCACUCAGCGGAGUUCGACGUCGUCGUCGAGUGCACCAUUUUCAUCAGUGACCAGCUCGAAACAUCACCAACGGCAACACGAUCACAGUCCGGACUCGAAACGACGGAUACACAAGUGUCAAUUCCUCGGAUGCAAGAAAGUCUACACCAAGAGCUCGCAUCUGAAGGCGCACCAGCGAACGCAUACAGGCGAGAAACCCUACAAAUGCUCCUGGGAAGGAUGCGAAUGGCGAUUUGCCCGCAGCGAUGAACUAACUCGCCACUACCGGAAGCACACCGGGGCGAAACCAUUCAAAUGCCGGCACUGCGAUCGUUGCUUUUCCCGUUCGGACCAUUUGGCGCUGCAUAUGAAACGUCAUGCAUAAACCGAAGGGAACUGGGAUAUGCCAUCGGCGUCUGAUUGAAUGAGCUUGUACCAUCGCGCAAUGUCACACACUCAACGCACAGACACAAACACGCCCAUGGAAACACACACGCGCGCGCAUUGGAAGAAAAAAGCUAUCAUCUCGUUGAGAUGAUUACGAUAGAGAAUGGAUUUUUGCUAAACUAGCAAACAUUUAAAUGCACUACUAAAGAGGUCAGAAUAGACAUCCGCCACCACCACCACCAACAUCAUCAUCAUCAUCAUUAUCAUAAUCAUCAUCGACAACAAUAUCCUCUCCCCCGCAGUCUCGCAAUCGUCCCCGAAUAAACACAUCAUUAUCUAGAAAAGUUUUCUCAUUAGGCUAUUAAAGCUAUGUAUUUUACACCAGGACGUAAGUUGAUAUAGGAAUGCGAGUGAGACCAUGACGGGAGCAGAGUGCAAUCCAGUUUAACAGCAUAAAUUAACGAUUAUAAAGUUGCACAUUUAUGAAUUCCAAACGUUUUCGAACAACCAAAAUUUAAGUAUUUGGCAUUAGUAUCGGUAAGAGAAAAUUGUUAUAUAAGCAGUAAUUUCUCAUUGUAUUUUGCUUAGUUUGUAAGAAUCAUCUCACCUCACCCCCGUGGCUUUAUUACCACACGUUUACCACAUCAGCAUUCAUGGGGAGAGUUCUCCGAUAGAUUUAGGAAUCAUGUUGUUUUAAAUAUUUUAUUUUGUUAAUGUCGGAAAUUAGACUAUUGUCAGGGUAAAAUACACAAAGUUUUACCGAAUGUGGCCAUUUUAGACUGUAGUUCAUUGAUUUGUUUUUGUUCGUUAAGGUAUUUUAAUUGAUAUGUUAUCACGAAAUCGAUUAGUUCUUAUUUUCAGGACAUAAGCAAAGCGAAUGGAAAGCAGAAAAGAUCACACAAAACAAAAGGAAAACCAUCACUGCCAAAACAUAAAUACUAGUGACUAUUUGAUUAGGAUUAAAAGGAAGGUAUUCAGCUUUGCUAUUUCUGCUUUAGAAAUUUCUGUUCUUAACUCCCCAUUAUCUUGUGUUUGUUGUUCAUGUCUAUAUAGAAACACGAAAACAUAUCCUGCCUUUGAAUUGUAUCAUUCUUAAUGUUAUAGUAGAAGAUUGUAUCAUAUAGCACGUAAAGCAGUGUCACUUGGCGGCUCAAAAAUAUUUGUUUCACCUGUUUAAUUGGUGGUGACUUACAUAGGUACGUCAUGCAGUAUUCAGCUUGCUAAUUUAUUAGAGUAGGAGAAAAUAUCCACAAAGAAAAGCAUCUACCCAUGCGUGAUUAUGCGUAACCCAAGCAACAACAUACAAGAACACAUCGACACAGGAGACACUGCGAUUAAUAGGUACUACGAAACAUCCCAAGGAGGAAGGCAAAUAAAACAAAAUGAACACACCCUAUCGUUUGCGUGAUGCAAUUUCUGUGAUCUGCAUUUUUUCGAGCGACCGGUCCGAGGUCAGAUUUAUACUAUAACAAGAAGUCACCCAACGUGGUACCAUAGUAACAAAAUAUAUUAAACAAUGGAAUCACAAUCGAGAGAGUAGCGAUCCACGGAAAUAUCUAACCCCAAAAAACUGUCGCGAACGCUCUUGUGAGUGAGUAAAGCCUAGCUGAGUAUAUUCACCGAUCGAUGCUGUGUAGAGUUGUAGUAGCGGAUAAAACAAUGUUCUUGUGUACGAUACACCGUAAUGUUUUGUAGCAGUAUGUGUAGAAGUGGGAUGAAUACGUGAACGUUAGGAGUCAGGCGAAAUUGUAUGUUAAGAACAAAUUUGUACACUAUUUUAAAAGUUUUUACCAAUGUAACUGAACUCCCAUCAUCAUUCGCUCGAGCGCACACAUUGUCUUUGAUGAUAUUUUUGCGAUUUUUGAGUAUCCGUGAUACGGUAAGUUGCUCUUGAAGUGCCGGUUUGAGGAUUUGACGAUACUCAAGUGCGGGGGAAAAUCGGAUCGAAAGUUUCCAUAUUUGUAGGGUCAUUCUUCAGAAGAUCUUGAGACAAGUGCAAACAAACAUGUUUUAGCAGGAUAUAUACACAAUAUAGGCGUAUUUUGCACAAAACCCGUUUGUUUGUUUGGCAUUCAGAUCAAUUUGGAAAAUUACCCAACAUUUGCCAAAAUAUGCCAAUAACAAAUAUACGUACGUGUUCCAACAGUCACCAAAAAUCAAUUCUGCGUAUAAUAAGUGGCCGCAAAAGGUAUGAUGUGUAUGGGAAUAUAGAACAUAUCCAAAGUCAUAAAUAAUGCUUUUUCCAUCAGUAUAUUAUUUAUGAUUUGCAUAACUUGACCUGAAUAGAACAGAAAAGUGAAUUCAAUGGUCAUAUUCGUUGUAUUUGUUGCACGUAGUACUGACUGGAGCGGUUAUGACGUGUCGUUUGCCUUCAAUUGUAGUAUAACUUCUCGGUAGUAACCGUGAAUAUAGUCUAGUUCCUGAAAUUUCACAACGCUUAUCAAAUACAGAUCGUCCAACGUGCAAUAUGGUUGGAUCAGUUCUGUUCUCCGUCAGUAAAACCAAAUCAAUCGUUGCAUUAAGCAUUUUAUCCUUCUACUCCUUUAAUUGUACCUAUAUGUUCGAGCAUUCUCGGGAUGCAGGGUUGAACGUUGUCUAAUAGCAUUGUUUCGUUUUUUCUGAAUUUCUUCUAAGAUUCAGCGGUAAUUUUGAGAUGCUUUUGUUACUUUUUCAUUUGCAUUAUCCAUCCCAGCAUCUCUGGUAGUUAUUACGGCAACUUUUUGAGCUCGUCUUUUCGAAACUUCUGCAGAAAACCGGUGUCAAAACUGGCGCACUGUGGUGUUUCGUUUAACCAGAGCAUCGUGCUGAAGAAUCGAGGGCUACGACGUCCCGGGACGGAUUGGUCAUAUCGGUCGAUGCUACAGUUUUUAGCUCAAAUUGUUAUCCUUUUUUUGGAAAUCUGGAAAUUUUGUACAGAUAAAAUCUUUAAUGAAACAAAUGCAUGAAAAUCGUACAUUGCUGAAAAAUAAGUUGUAUCUGCUACGCUUCCGAAGUAUUAAGGCUUCACAGUCAUUUAUUUUUCGGGUGAUGAUGAUUUGCAAA